GCCGCCUGUCUGCUGGCCGAGCCGAGCCGAGCCGAGCCCUUCGUGCGAGGUUUUUCUCAGGCAUCAGGAAUGUCUUCUGAGCCUGCUGCAUCUGCCUCGGAGCAGUCCCCCUCCUCUCUGCACUCGUCCAGUUCUCUUCAUCUGCCUGAAAACCGCAGGACAAGAGAUCGCUCCCCAUCUCCCAUGAGGGGGUACCUCAUCCCCAGCCCGCUGCCCACGCGGCGCACCAGGACGUAUUCAGCAACUGUGAGAGCAUCAGAGGGUCCCAUCUACAAAGGCGUCUGUAAGUGUUUCUGUCGCUCUAAAGGCCAUGGCUUCAUUUCCCCUGCAGAUGGAGGGCCUGACAUCUUCGUACACAUUUCUGACAUCGAGGGCGAGUACGUUCCU